AGCCGUUUAAUACUUGUUUUCUUCAUUGGUCCGUGUCUUUACCAGUACCCGAAUCAGUAGUUAUCUUGUUAUCUAAGUGCAGGUAACGCAUUAAAAUCGAGACAAUGUUUUAUUAUCUGUGGGACAAAGUGUGUUUGCAUUAGUGCUAGGAGAGGAUGAAUACAUUAGCCAUUCGCUCUUAGAUCGGAAAGGUCAGCAGCUGAGUAUUCUCCGAGGCAAAAAUCAAAGCAAAUUUCCAAACUGAUAAGACAAUACACUAUCACAGACUGCAGCUGAGUGUUAAUAGGACAGUUUUAUUUAUGUAUACAGCAGAGGAAAACAACUAACAAAUAGUUCGGCCAGAUAGGAGUAAUGUGUUUCGCAGCAUCACUGGUUGGUCAGAAUCUUUAGUGAAAGUAAAAGGUGCUACCGGCUGUGACGUACCGAAUACCGUACAAAAGUCUUUGUCGUGUUAGAAACUGUGAAUCAUAUAAUACCAAACAGCUUCAUUUUCUGCAUCAUGGAUGAUAUAAAUUGGAACAAGAUAAUCUACAUAGAUGGCGAACGAAAGCUCAUAUACUUCGACCAGAAAACGUACAAACUGCCGGAGGCUAUCCUCAAUUUGUAUUCUGAUCGUGUUCGUCACCUCGAUUUGAGCCACAACAAGCUGUCUUCGUUUGAGGCACUCGAGUUCUUCGGUGGUCUCGAAGAGCUAGUGCUGGAUAACAACAGUCUCACAGACGAGAUCACAUUUCCCGGACAGUUGAGGCAAAUAAAACUGCUAUCACUGAACAAUAAUAAAUUCGAAAAUCUCGAUUUGCUGCUAACAAAAUUGUCUCUCUGCUUCCCGAACUUGGAGUAUUUGAGUUUACUGGGAAAUCCGGCUUGUCCUUGUCAUUUGUUAAGCCUCGAGCACACCGAAUACGAUUAUCUCAAAUAUAGGCUUUACAUAAUCCGCCAUCUACCGAAGCUACACAUAUUGGAUGUACAACGAGUGAAAAAAAUGGAACGAGAUUUUGUCCGCAGUCAACAAGAUCAGGAAUACGCAACAGAUGGAUCUGAGAGCCGUAGAGCCACCAGCGCGCUGAAGCAUUUGUACACUAACCUAAGCAACAGGUUGGGUGUUGAACGUAAAAAUCCACCCGUGUACCACCCACUGCCUGAGAGCAUUCGCGUUGCAGGUGACCAUCGCGGAGCUUACGGUAAAUGUCGCUAUCGUUACGUCGGUGCACAGUCUGAGGGCAAUCGGUUUAUACUCAACACUGAUUUAUGAGUAGGUACCUAAUAUAUGUUAAUUUAUAUCUGCAGUAAUAAUAGUUAAUUUUAAUAGAAAACACACAGAUAGGAAUAAUUAAAAAAAAACAGCUUAUGAUUACAAAA